AUGGCCGGUGCAGCCGGAGGCUGCGGCUGCGGCGCCAAGGACUGCAGCGGCUGGUGCUCUGCCCCCAGCACCGCUGCGCCGCCCAGCAGCGGCGAGGACGACGUGAUGCCGUUCACGCCGCCGCUGGUCGCCGAGGACGUCGUUCCGCUCACGCCGCCGAUGGGGGACGAGGACGCCAUUCCGUUUACGCCGCCCAUGGCCAUGGAGUUGGAGCCCGCGGCUGCCCCUCGCACGCCGCUCAUGAGCGCCGAGGAGGAUGAGGAGGAGCGGCGCGCCAUCGUGGCGGCGGCUACGACCCCGCUCAACGACCUGGGCGAGUACGAAGGGUUUGGCGAUGGCGUCGACUCCGAGGACCUGGACUAUUACGAUGACCAGGACUGGGAGUUCGCG